CACGUACUGCCACGCCACCUUGCUUCUGAGUUCGAUUCAGUGAUUCAUCGUACUAAAUUUAUCUUUCUUCAGUUGCAGUAGAUUUAGAUUUAAGUCUGUCGACGACAUGCUGCCUUUGUAAACUUGAUCAGACUGAAAUGAAACAAGGUAUUGUCGCCCAUGUCAUAUCACCAUUUCCCAGAGGACUUCAUUUCUGUCGAGUGAGAAGGACAUCUUACACUAUGAAUGGAUUCUGCCUUCUCUAUCUGCUCCUGAUCCUCUUGAUGAGAUCUGGUGACAUUGAAAACAAUCCAGGUCCUAACACUGCAGUAAGUACUGUCAGUGACAUGGAGUUCCUGAGGCUGGCCAAGGAUAUCCUUCCAUCUUACUACGAGGCUGUAGGGAUAUCUCUAGGUGUCUCCUAUUCUGAGCUACAGAGCAUCCUGAUACAGAAGUCGAAUAACUAUCCAAAUGCAUUUUUGCACGUAUUCAUGAGAUGGAAUGUCAUGCAGCAACCUCCACACUCAAACAAACGGCAGCUUUUGGCAGACAAACUUCGAGCGAUUGACUUGGGUGGCCUAUCAGACAGAUUGCUCACUGAAUCUCAAAUUCCAAACAUCACAGAUACAAACUGA